CAACGUUUUGCUCAGAGAUCAUCAAUGAACAAUAUGGUUGAUGAAAAAUUCACAUCACACUUUAAAAUCUUCAUAGUUUCGAACUGCUUAGCAUUUAACUGUACUUGUACGUAAAUGUUUAUUUACCUUCCCACUGAUGGCUGACUACGGACAGCGAAACUCCAAUGGAGCCAGAAAAACGGCAUACGUAUUUUGUUCUUAUGGGACUGCUAAGUUUUCUCUGCAUUUACACCGUGAUUCCACACUCGCGUCUAAUUGACAGCGUGACUUUGUUGUUUGAUCAGCGUUACUACUAUGACAAGGUUUUUCGAUACGGAAGUGAAAACGAUUCUGCUUCAUCGCAGAACAUGAUAGCCGAGAGUUCCACAAACACCGGCGGUGCGUACAAAAAAAUGCUAAUUUGGACAAAGUGGAACAGCGAACAGCUGGCGUAUGACCAGCACAAUCAGCCCGGCUGGUUCAAGAACUGUCCAGAAAGCCGGUGUCUCGCCGUCACGAAUCGCAAUGAGCGGAAGCAAGCCAGUGCGAUCAUCUUUACAUGCCCGAUUUUAACCCGGGACUUACCCCAUCAGUCCGCCAGGAAUCGGUCUGUGUACUAUAUUUUUCAUUUGGACGAAUCACCUGAUACGACGAAGAAGCUGAUGAAUUAUCGCGCUUGGGAUAAUCAUCCGGGUUUCUUCAAUCUGACCAUGUCGUAUCGGUUGGACUCCGACAUAUACUCCGAUUUAUACACCGGAGGAUACACGCCUCGUCAUUUUAAUCAAUCCCGCUUAACCGACCCACUGUGGUAUGCCUCCAAGCGUGACAUCCUGUGGCUGGUAUCCCAUUGCGACACGGCCAGUAAGCGGGAGGAUUAUGCUGCUGAACUGGGAAAAUAUGUCAGCAUCGACAAAUUAGGCAAAUGUGAUCAGCCCGAUCCAUGCCGACAUAAGCAUGGCGCCAAUGGCUGCGAUUCGGAAGAUCUGAUCAAGCAUUUUAAGUUCUAUUUGUCAUUUGAAAACAGCAUCUGCAAAGGCUAUGCCACCGAGAAGCUGUAUCGCGCUCUCAACAAUGACGUCGUACCAAUUGUACUCGGAGGCGCGGACUACAAAAAACUUCUGCCUCCCGGUGCGGUGAUAAACGUCGAGGAUUAUCCAUCUCCCAAAGCGUUGGCGGAAUAUCUAAUCCAUCUAAUGCGGAAUGAAGAGGCGUAUUUAAAACAUUUCGCAUGGAAGUAUCCCCCAAAUCCGUUGUGGUAUAUGCCAGGAAUUCCCAACAGGGAGAGCAGCAGUUUUUGUAAAAUAUGCGAACUCCUGCACCGCCCACCGAAAGAGCGGAUUCGUAAAUCGUAUGAAAAUAUGAAUAAAUGGUGGUUUGCUGGGCAAUGUCGGGAGUCAACAGUGAACUAUAAGAAAAACCAAAGCGAGAAGGCAUCUCAAAAGGAAAUUAUUAUGGAUGACUAGCGACUAGCUAAGCCGCUGCUCAUAAAUGAGUACGGAAAACGGUUUGCACCGUAAAAUACUAAAUUCCCUUACAAUUGUCACCUUUUUGAGCACUUAAGGUAGAUAAUGUGAAUGUUUACAUUUUACUUGUACUAUGGUAUUAUUCGCACAAUAGACAUUUUGCGAGUAAUAAAAUUGAUAAUUUUUACAACAGUGGAGCAAAUGAUCAAAAGUAACAUCCCAACAUUGUUUUAAGGCAGAUGGUGGUGUUUGUUAUUGAUGGUCGCUAUUAACAUUUUUAUGGUUGUGAUUUCCAAAGUUAAUCAGGAUUUCUGAGCAACGAAUAGCUUGCCUUUUUGGUGUUCGACAGGAUUGCAAACACUCUUAAUUUUGCAGGUAGAUUCAGUAAGUAACCAUAGUGAAAUUUUCAAAAUGUUGAACUGAUUAUAAGAAUAAAACAUGCUAUUAUCCAAACAUACCAAAGCGUACCGUUUGGUACUUAUACGAUAAGUAUGGCUACUCCUGUAGUGUGCGAAGUAUCUGUAUAUCCAUCCAAUUUAACAUGGUUUUUUCUCAGUUGAUCCAUGUUAGGUCAUGAUCCGGAAGUAAUAUCUUAAUAAUUAGAAUUCUGAGCCGGAUCGCGCAU